CGAUGCCGCCGUAUGGAGCACACUUCCGCGACUUCUUCAAGCAGUCCGACUCCAGUGACUUCAAAACCCUUGGGGAGCGCGUCGACAUCGUGCCAACAGCUGUCGACGGCCUCGAUCAGGCUGUCACUCGGGGCCAAGCCCACAUGGAGGCGAGGCGCUACCUGGAGCUCGUGAUCGCGCAGAAAUUCACGCGGGCGGACGGCAGCACGCGCCUCUACGUCGGGCGGGAGAGCGUGUUCCCGGGGCUCUCCGCCUGGCCCGUUCCUCACGACGCGCCCUACAAGCCCGUGCUGGACCGCUGCAUCAUGGCGAUCGUCGAGGGUGGGCUGUACGAGAAGUGGAGCGCCGACAUGGUGAGUCGAGCCCGGCAGGAGAGUCGCCAGAAGCAGCAGCUGGAGACAGAAGCCGUCGAGAGCGAGGAGACCGACGGAGGUACGCGCGCCCUCACCCUCACCCACAUGCAAGGGCCUCUGCUCCUGACGCUGCUCGGCCUCGCCCUCGCCGGAGUCACGUUCGCCCUGGAGAUCCUGGUGGUUUGGUGCCUCGCUUCCAGGACUUAGGACUGGAUUGGAAGCGCCUUGACACAG